AUGGAGAAGAGAAGGAUAAUCGUCUCAAUAGACUUUGGCACAACAUAUUCUGGGAUUUCGUGGGCUGAGACAAGCCGACCUGACGUUCAACACGUCGUAUCAGUCUGGCCAUCAAUCGAUGGUCCGAAAAACAGCCUCAAGGUUCCUACCGAGCUACGAAAGUUAGCAACAGGAUGGCAAUGGGGGUUCCAAAUUCCAGACAAUGCGAAAAGAUUCCGCUUUUUCAAACUGAAACUGGAUGAGCCAGAUACCCCAAGCCGAGAUGGGGAUGGAGAGACGCCGCUACAGCUUGCCAAGAUCUACCUUUCAUGCUUGCACGAUCACUUCAUCAACAUCUUGGAAAUGAAACUAUCGCGUGCGAUCGUACAAAUGACACCUAUGGACUUUGUUGUCACGGUGCCCGCAAUAUGGUCCAACACCGCAAAACAGGCCACCGAACGAGCCGCUGCCAUGGCCGGAUUUUGUGGCAACAAAAGGAUCCAUCUCAUUUCAGAGCCAGAAGCUGCUGCGCUGUACACAAUAAAACAUUUGGGCUCAUCGGUUCUAAAACCAGGAAGGAACUUCGUACUUUGUGAUGCCGGAGGCGGCACCGUGGACCUCAUAUCAUAUGAAGUCGCUCAUUCCGGAAAUCUAGCAGUCAAGGAAGUCACAGAAGGCACAGGUGGAAAAUGCGGCUCCGCAAUGCUAAACAAACGAUUCAGGAGGUUUCUGAAACAAACGCAUGGCGAGAAAUACUGGACCAACGAGCGCCUGAUUUUGGCAAUUGCAGAGUUUGAAUCGUUUAAAAAGGAUUUCUCUCCAGAUGGAGAGCCUCUGACUAUCCGAGUCGACGAGAGCCUUGGGCUGAAGCGAAAUCGAUUCACGAUAUCACAAGCGGACAUGACGACGAGAAUUUUCGCCCCAAUUAUGAAAGACAUCAUCUGCCUCAUCAAGGAGCAGAUAGGACUAGUGUCUGCGGAUGUCGCUGCGGUCGUGCUCGUUGGAGGCUUUGGCCAGAGUUCCUACCUGAAAUCUGAAGUUAAGGCAGCACUGGCUCGGAAUACACCUGUGCUUCAACCUGACAACGGUUGGAUAGCAGUGGUGAAAGGAGCAGUUAUACAUGGGUUAGGUCAUUACCAUCCCAGUCUAACACAGGUACAAAUCGUUUCGAGGAUAGCGAGGCGUUCGUACGGCACAUGCCUUCUCGCCGCGUAUGACAUGAUGCGACACGACCCAAAAGAGGCGGUCUGGUCUCCGAAGGAAGAGGAAAUGGUUGUUGCCGAAAUGUGCUGGUUUAUUAGAAAGGGGGAAUCCUAUCCGGAAGGAAUGCCAACCGUCAUUGACUAUCAGUGCGAUAUUCCUGUGUCCUCUGGUCCUAUUCCACAAACGGAAAUUGAGAUAUUCUGCAACGAUGAUCCUGUCCCGCCGGUUCAUUGCACCGCCAACACGAAAUGCAUAGCAACCCUCUCACUGAACCUUGACCGAAUCCCAAUGUCGACAAAAUCUGCUGCAGGAAUAACUUGGAUUGGCAACCAUCGGUACUAUUGCUUGACUGGUGCCAUUGAGGCUAGCUACGGAUCUGCAAUGAUUACCUAUAGAGUCAAGCUCGGAGGCGUCACACAUGAUGCCCUGACAGUACGAUAUGAGCAGUAA